AGAUUUAUCUACCCAAGGAAGCAAAGAAGAAGAAAAACAAAAUUUAAACUGUGUAGUAUCAAUCAAGUAUGUAUGUAGUCCAUUGUUCUCGCCACCACCUGAUCUCCGUUUCAUGGACACGAUGAUAUCUCUUCGUCUCCACCAACUUCCAUUCUUCAUCAUCUUCUUCCUUCAAUUAUUCACUGCUUUCUCAAACGCUUCUUCUUCUUCUUCUUCUACUCACUCCAACAUCACCCACAUUUUCCAGGAUAUUUUGAAAGCAAUUUCAUCGAGACAAAAGUGGGAUUUAAACGAUGUUCGAGUUUUCAACUUCGAUGUUGCUAAAAUCAGAUUCGGAACUUCUCAAAACUACCUAUUUCGAAUCGGCUCGAGUAAGAACAAUUUCACCGUCAAAUUUUCAGAUGAAAUUUCAUCUUGGAAUCACAACAAGUUCACAACAACACCAAAACCAGAUUUAGCUUCUCUUGUUGAUCAACUCAGUUCUAUUGCUUUUCUUGAUUAUAUCAAAUUGGAAGGUCCUUUUGAAUUAAGGGUUCAUGAAUCUCAUCACCUUUCACUCUCUUUGCCUAUGAAUGUUUCGUAUAAUGGUUUGAAACACAUCAUUGUGGGUAAAGGUAUUACGGUUGAAGUAAGAAGAGCACGAGAAAUCUCUUUUUAUUAUCAGUCAGAUCUCGAUCUGCAAAGGAAUGGAAGUGUCAUCUGUAGCAAUCAGAAGAAUGAGUUCUGGCCCUUUUUGCAAUCCAUGUGUGUGCCUCUAAUUCCCAUACGCAUUAUAGGUUCUGCAUCGUUGAUCGCUUAUGUAGCUCGGAAUCCUUAUGUACAAAUAGGAACUGCAUUGAUUUCCGAGGACGCUGUUGAGCUGCUUCCAGAGAAAUGUUAUCAUGGUUGUGUGUUUAGAAAGCAAGCUUGCCCUGUUGCUUCCUUAAAUUUGAGAUUAAUCUUGUUGGAGAAAAUUUUGAGAAGUCUUCUUGGUCAUAAGAUCCUUCAAGAUCGGCUUUCAGGCCUUAUCAAAGCAAAUAUCAAAGCAUACGCUGGUGUUAAGUUCCCCCUAGAAUUGGAAAGAGAUGUUGGAAAUAACGCCACUCUUAGUACAUUGCCUGACUGGAGAACAAGGCCAAGUGUUGAAAGGGUCUGGUUUGAGGUAAUGGCCCGAGUUGAGGACAGCAGACUCAAGCCUCUUUCGAUCAAGAAAGUUAAACCUUUUAUUGAAUCUGAUUCAGUUUCCUGGGCUAAUUUGAUGUCUAAUUUGUCGUAUACCAAGUUGCGACCAGUUCUUCUUCCUCCAGAGGCUCUUACACUUGACGUGAAAUGGUAGUGGAUACUCUUGUGUAAGUUAUGAUACUUCCUUUUUGUACACUUUAUAGGCUAUGUUUGUAGAUGUAGUCUUGUUAUAUACAAGAGUUCACUGAAUCUUGUAAAAUACCACUCAUGCACUGAUGAAUAGUCUUGUAAAUACCAAAACAGAGGAGAAGAAAGAAGUAAAAAAUAAUUUGCUUUUUACUUGCUUUAACAGGCUUCUACUAGUUGAGCCUAAUUCUUUAGUAAAGGACACUUCUGAUGAAGUAGUCUGAACAGAGCUGGUGUGCUGAUUUGUAAUAUGUAUUUUUUACAUGGCUAAAUAGUUGCAGAGUGUUUAUGAAAAAGAAAAAAUAUAAUAGUGUACGAGAUAUUGAUUGUGCGGUGUGCUUUAUAAACGCAAUCUGCAAGAACUUAGCCAUCAUUAUCAUUAAUGUGAUGUGAUAUGAUGAUAUUGUUGAGAUACUGAGAAUUUGUAUUGUUA